AUGAUUAAUUUGUCAUUACAAAUGAAAACAAUCGAUGUGAAAGUAGCAACAAUUCAAGCACAGCUAAAAAAACUAGAAAAACAACUGAAAACUCUUUACAAAGAAAAUAAAAAACUCACAGGAAAAUCACUAAGAGGGAAAGACUGCGCAGAUCUGUACAAAAAAGGUGCAAAAAAGAACGGAGUUUAUCAAAUUAAUCCUGAUGGUCAGGGUCACUUUAAGGUUUUCUGUGAUAUGAAAACAUCUGGUGGAGGUUGGACUGUGUUUCAACGACGUCAAGAUGGAAGUGUAAACUUUUAUCGAGGUUGGAAAGACUAUAAACACGGUUUUGGUGAUCUUACUUCUGAAUUCUGGCUUGGAUUGGAUAAAAUAUACCGACUAACAUCUGCAAGAAGAAAUAAACUUCGUGUAGACCUGAGAGACUGGUCAGGAAACAAAAGAUAUGCUGAAUAUGAUUAUUUUGCUGUAAAGAAUGAAAAUAAAAAAUAUCAAUUAAGCAUUGGUAAAUAUUCUGGAAAUGCUGGAGAUUCAUUAUCUUAUCAUAAAAACAUGGCGUUUUCAACAAAAGAUUCAGAUAAUGAUAACAAUCGUUUUGGAAAUUGUGCCACAACCUUCAAUGGUGCUUGGUGGUAUAAGAGUUGUUAUAUUUCCAACCUGAAUGGACACUACUAUAGUGGCAACCAAAACCAUUCCAAAGGUGUGACUUGGCAACGAUGGAAAGUUAAUAAAUCCUUAAAGUUCACUGAGAUGAAAAUAAAACCAUAAAGAAUUUCCAAAGACUGUGAUGUUAUAAAUUUGAUCAUUAUUUCUAAUGAAACUUUCAACAUAUAAUAAAAACAUUUUAGCUUUUAUGUCUUCAAAAAGAACCUUAAUAAUCAUUAUCAUUUAAAAAAGCAUUGAAAAAUUGUUAAAAUGCUAUGGUGAAAUAAUAUUUUCCCUAAAAAUUAGAGCUGAUUUAGGUAAUUAUAUGAUUCUAAUGUUA